AUUGAAUAAAGAAUUAGUGCAAUCUCCCUUCGCUCUUCUCUCUCUCUGAAGUCUCGUCCAUGGUUGUUCCGCUUACUCCGUCAACCCCUCCAUGUCGUUUAUUUCACGUUACCAGGGAGAUGUAGACGAGAAGAAAAGUCUUCUCUCUCUCCCUCUUCACCUGGAUUCCGUUGUGAAUAAUCCUCACACGCUCAUCCGAAAUUUUCUUAUCCUCGGGUACUUGUUCUUCAGAACACCCGAUUCUCUCAGUCUCGGCUCCCAUAUACACAAAACGAAGAAAGUUUCAGAUUUCAAUGGCGUUUGGCAGAGAAUUCCUAGUUUUGUUGCUGCUGUUGACGGUAUUAGAUAGCUCUGUGUAUGCUAGAUUCGUUGUGGAGAAGAACAGUAUUACUGUCCUGUCACCCGAGCGUCUUCGCUCGAAGCACGAUGGUUCGAUCGGAAACUUCGGUGUUCCAGACUAUGGAGGAACGAUGAUGGGAUCUGUUCUUUACCCUGAUAAGGGCACCAAUGGUUGUAAUUCAUUCGAGGGCGACAAGCCUUUCAAGCCCCGGUCUUCUCAUCCCACCAUUGUUCUCCUCGAUCGUGGAGAUUGCUACUUUGCUUUGAAGGCAUGGAAUGCUCAACAGGGUGGGGCUGCGGCAGUUUUAGUGGCUGAUAGUAUAGAUGAACCUUUGAUUACCAUGGAUUCUCCAGAGGAGAACACCGAUUCGCAAGGUUAUAUAGAGAAGAUCACAAUCCCAUCAGUUUUAAUAGAGAAGUCCUUUGGUGAGAGUUUGAAGAAGGCUUUACUGAAGGGUGAUGAUGUUGUUAUAAGGUUAGAUUGGACAGAAUCCAUGCCCCACCCUGAUGAGAGGGUUGAGUAUGAGCUCUGGACCAACAGCAAUGAUGAAUGUGGGGUUCGUUGUGAUGAGCAGAUGGAUUUUGUGAAGAAUUUUAGGGGUCACGCUCAGAUUCUUGAGAAGGGAGGUUAUACCCAAUUUACACCCCAUUAUAUAACUUGGUACUGUCCAGAGGCCUUCAUACUUAGUAAGCAAUGCAAAUCUCAAUGUAUAAAUCAUGGGAGGUACUGUGCACCAGACCCAGAACAGGAUUUUGGAGAAGGGUAUGAAGGGAAGGACGUGGUGAUUGAGAACCUGCGGCAGAUUUGUGUGCACAGAGUUGCUAAUGAAAGCAAUCGUUCUUGGGUUUGGUGGGACUUUGUUACAGAUUUCCAUAUCAGGUGUUCAAUGAAGGAGAAGAAAUAUAGCAAAGAUUGUGCUGAGGAUAUUAUUAAAUCACUUGGUUUGCCUAUUGAGAAGGUCAAAAAAUGCAUGGGUGAUCCUGAUGCUGAUGUGGAGAAUGAAGUUUUGAAGAUUGAGCAAGAUCUCCAGGUUGGUCGAGGAUCUCGUGGUGAUGUUACCAUUUUGCCAACCUUGGUUAUUAAUAAUGUUCAAUAUCGAGGUAAAUUGGAGAGGACUGCAGUUCUGAAGGCUAUAUGUGCGGGAUUUAAAGAGACAACAGAGCCCCGGGUUUGUUUAAGUGCAGAUAUUGAGACUAAUGAGUGCCAGGAAAGGAAUGGUGGAUGUUGGAUGGAUUCUCGAUCUAAUAUUAGUGCUUGCAAGGAUACAUUCAGAGGAAGAGUUUGUGAAUGCCCUGUGGUGAAUGGUGUUCAGUAUCAUGGAGAUGGUUAUACAUCUUGUGAAGCUGUGGGACCUGCAAGGUGUAUGAUGAACAAUGGUGGCUGCUGGACAGAUACUAGAAAUGGGAAGACCUUUUCAGCAUGCUCAGAGUCUGAGGUAAAAGGAUGUCACUGCCCACCAGGAUUCCAAGGGGAUGGUCAUACUUGUGAAGACAUUAAUGAAUGCAAGGAAGGUCUUGCUUGUCAGUGCGAUGGUUGCACUUGUAAGAACACAUGGGGUAGUUAUGACUGCAAAUGCAAGGGAGACCUUUUAUACAUAAUGGAUCAGGACACUUGUAUUGCUAGGAAUUCAUCAAAAUACGCAUGGUUCCUUACAUUCUUGGUUCUAGCAUGUAUUGCGGGGGCUGGUUUAGCAGGUUAUAUAUUCUACAAGUACAGGCUUCGGUCAUACAUGGACUCGGAGAUCAUGGCUAUCAUGUCACAAUACAUGCCACUCGACAACCAACAAAAUGAGGCCCAGCCACUGCGACAAGGUUCAUUAGUAUAAGGAGAAGUGAAACGACUUUAAAACCAGUGCAGCAUGCUUUCAUCAGAGGGCUAAGUGGAUAUACUGUCAAUUUUCUGAUAUGUUUACCAUUCUCAGUUGUUCCAAAGAGCUCCAACUGUUUUCCUGCACACCAAACUUACAGAAAAAAAAAAAAAAACUUCUGUGAAAUAUCGGAGAUAGAGUCAAAGAUGGAAGUCCUCACAAAGUCCAUUUCGUUCUUCUUUUUAGUGUAGAUGAAAAUAAACUGUGUAAUUGUAGUGUUAAUGAAUAAUACAGAUUGGUAGUGUAAGUAAGAAAAGAGAAAGAAAGAGAUACAGAUGCCUUUAAAGGGAAAAGCGACUGAAGGUUGUAUUGGACUAAUGCUGCAGAACUAGCAAUGUUGACUACCCGGCUUUCAUGCUUGAGGGUUUAGUU